GUUGUUGGUUGAAUGGCGCAGAGGGAAUAGCAACCAAAAAUAUCCAGAAUGUCCAAAAGGAAAGUCACUUUUCAAGAUGGUGAUGAUGAGAUUAGUCUGGAUGACGAGGUACCGACAAAGAAGACGUACGAUGAGGUGAGUGGGCCCGGCUCGAGGUUUAAGGAGAAACACUCUCUGGACAGUGAUGAGGAAGACGAGGGAGAGGAUGGAGAGAAGAACAGCAAGUACAACAUCCUGGCCAGCGACGAUAUCGAAGGUCAGGAAACGGCCACGAUUGACUGUGACGAAGGAGUUCCCAUCACUCCCUUCAACCUGAAAGAGGAAAUGGAGGAGGGCCACUUCGACUCGGAGGGAAACUACUUCAUCAACAAAGAGAAAGACAUCAGAGACAACUGGCUGGACAACAUCGACUGGGUAAAAAUCAAAGAGCAGCCGGUGAAAAAGAAAAAGAAGGGCCUCUCGGCUAAGCGUCGUCGCCGAGUCGGAGACGAGGACGAGGCUGAGGAGGAGAGACAACGGGAGGAGAAGCAGGACGAGGACGAAGACGAGGAAGAGGAGGAGAGCGAGGCUCAGGAAGACCCGCUGGCCUCGUACACGCCGUAUCAGCUCACCGAGGCCGUGGUGAACCUGCUGCAGCCCGGAGAGACCGUCUCGGCUGCGCUCCGCCGACUCGGAGGACUGGGAGGACGGAAGAGAAAGGGACGAGCCCGGGACGGAGGGGAGGAGGAGAAAGACGAGGCAUCGAUCAGAGACACGGAGAAGCUGGACAGGCUCACGGCGCUGGCUGACAGACUGGUGGUGCUCGGGGAAUACGAGAUUUAUCAGCGGACGUACGAGAAACUGGCGUACAGACUGAAAGGGAAGCAGCAGAGAGGCGCAGCCGGAAAAGAGGAGGAGGAGGACGAGCUCGACAUGUUCGCCGAUCAGUUUGACGAGCGGCACGGCCAGAAGACAGAGGAGAAGACGGAUGAGGAAGAGGAUAGUGGUUUAGUCACUGACGAGGUGAUGUGGGAGUACAAAUGGGAAAACAAGGAGAACUCCGAACUCUAUGGACCCUUCAGCAGCCAGCAGAUGCAGGACUGGGUCGAUCAGGGCUACUUUAAAGAUGGCGUGUACUGCAGACGGGUCAACCAGGGGGGGGCGCAGUUCUACAACUCCAAAAGACUGGACUUCGACCUUUAUACGUGACUCGCCCUCAUGCUUCUUUAUUUCAUUUUCAACACUUGCUGUGAGUUUUUAAUGUGAGAUUUUGUUCCCCUUAUCUGCAUUUGUUCUAUGUAUUUUUUUCUUUUCUUUCGGAUAUCCACAUGUAUUAAACAGCUGGAGUAAAUGUUUGCCAUCAUCAAACCAUUUGAUACCAUGUACGUUUGUUUUAAAAUAAAGAUUUUGGUGGCUUACCAGA